AUGUUAUGCGGUUAUUUGCCUUUUGAAGAUGCAAAUACAAAUUAGUUAUAUAAAAGGAUUUUAUCAGCUAAUUAUAAGGUUUCUAAUUUUUUAAGCAGUAAUGCAGCUGAUGUUUUAAAAUUUAUUUUGAAUCCAAAUCCUGAUAAUAGACCAAACAUUGAUCAAAUUAGAAGGUAUCCUUUUUGGUUUAAUUUAUACAAAACUAGUUUUUAAAUAAAGUUAGGAAUUUUAUAGUAAUAAAUUCUCAUAGAUAAUGAUGUUGUCAAUUAAGGAGAAAAGUUAAAAAAAUAUUUAUAUUAAUUUUUAUGUUCAAAUCAACAUAAUGAUGUUACUAUAGCAUUUUAUUUGUUAUUAGAUUAAAUUAUUCAAUCAGGAGGAUAAAACUGUGCUGAUAUCGCAUCAAAUUAAUUUAAAGCUUAAUUGAUUGAAGUAAAUUCUUAGACAGCAAAAAGUGAAAUAAAAAUUAAUAUGACAAUUGAGGAUGAGGAAUAAGAUAUUACAAUCCUUUUAAUUAUAAUUAAAUCUUUAAUUUAUUUAUAAUUUGUUGAUAAAACAAUAAUUAAUACUACUAGUAUAAAUAGUUAAUAAAUUUAACAACAAUCUUAGAUUGCUCCUAAGAAUUUAUCUAGUAAAAGAUCAAACAAAACAGAAAAAUACCCAAUGUUUGAUAGAUUAAUAAAUAAAAUUGAUAAAGUUCCACUAAAUAUUAAAUCAGAAUCUGAAUAAUAAAAAAGCUUUAAUAAUACAAAAUAUGAGUGUUAAUCAAUUAAGGGAAGUAAAUCUAUAUCUUUGAGUGAUUAGUAUUCUGAUAAAUUAAGUAAAGAAUUACCAAUAUCGACUAUACAUUAAAAAAUUAAAGAAAAAAAAACCAAAAAUUAGAACUAAUUUAUUAAAAAUUCAAUAAGUUUAUGGAAUUAGAAAAUGA